GUCGUCGUUGCUGGCUUCGGGGAGUCUUUUUCUUUCACACAUUCCAGAUAAGAUGGCCCUGAUGAUGAAGCGCUCGGCCGUGGCCGCUCGCCCUGCGGUCUCGCGCAAGGCCGUGGUUACCUGCGUUGCGCGCCAGUCAUGGCUGCCUGGCAGUGAAAUCCCCAAGCACCUUGACAGCCCAGCUGCUCUGGCCAUGGCUGGCAACUUUGGCUUUGACCCGCUGGGCCUGGGCAAGGAUGCCGAGGCUCUGCGUUGGUACCAGCAGGCGGAGCUCGUGCACGCUCGCACUGCCAUGACUGCUGUGGCCGGCAUUCUCAUUCCCGGCCUACUUACCAAGGCUGGUGCGCUGAACGUGCCGGAGUGGUACGACGCUGGCAAGGUUGCGAUUGAGAGCUCUUUUGCUCCGUUCGGCGCUCUGCUGGCUGUCCAGCUGUUCCUGACCGGCUUCGUGGAGGCUAAGCGUUGGCAGGACUUCAAGAAGCCGGGUAGCCAGGCCGAGAAGGGCAGCUUCCUGGGCUUCGAGACUGCCUUCGCCGGCACGGGCGACAACGGCUACCCCGGCGGCAUCUUCGACCCCCUUGGCCUGUCCAAGGAUGCUGACAAGUUGGCUGACUGGAAGCUGAAGGAGAUCAAGAACGGCCGUCUGGCCAUGGUUGCUUUCCUCGGCUUCACCGCUCAGAAGUUCGCUACCGGCAAGGGCCCGAUCGACAACCUGGCGGCUCACCUGGCGGAUCCGUGGCACGUCAACUACGCUUCGAACGGCGUUUCAGUUCCGUUCCUGUAAGCGCUAUGCAUAAGCGUAAAUGCUUACCAGGCAGAGUGACUAAGGCGUGUUGCGUGUUGUUGACGGAAGACGGUGGCUAUUGGAGCAAUGGGAUAGGUCCCAGCCAGAAGAUUGUUCCAUUUUGGGAUGUGUGCCGAGAAGAGACUCAAUUCCCUCAGGCCUCAUUUUGUAAUACGCACAUGUUCGUCGUGCGGUCUGAGGCUGUGGGUUCAACUCGUACGAGGGGAAGCUUCCUGUGUAUCCUUUUGUAACGACGCGACGAUUUCCUUGGAACACGUUGCCGUUCGAUUGCUAGACAUCUUCUGCACACUUACGACGUCUUGGUGAAGUACGGCAUACCGAGACGCAUUAACGUAGGCACAGGAUUUGGUGGGGUCAAUUUUGUUUCCUUACUGUCUUGGGACAGACCGUUGUAAAGUCAUGGGGAAGGUU